GGACAUAUUAUAGAAGGUUCCAGCCUGUGUGAAAGGGGCGUGGCCAUGCCUAGUAGGCCUGUCAUUAGACGCUUCCCACAAGGGGGCGUUUUCCAAGGACCCACAUUGGCUCGUGCCCCGCUGCCCUCCUAGUACUGAGCAGCCUCAGCUGCGCGCGCACUGUUAUCUGUACGCACAGCGGAGUCCCGUGGAGCGGAGCAUCAUGGCCGCUCGAGAGGACCUGUACUCCAAAAUCCUCCCGCGGAGACUCCGGCAAACCCGUCCUGGCACCGUGAAGUGUGGAUCCAGUCUGGACGUCCUUUUAUCCAUGGGCUUCCCCCGACCAAGGGCUCUGAAAGCUUUGGUUUCUACUGGAGGCCGAAACGUACAAGCAGCCUGCGACUGGCUGUUUUCCCACGUGGACGACCCGUUCCUGGACGACCCCCUACCCAGGGAGUAUGUGCUCUACCUGCGGCCCAGCGGACCGCUGCAGAACCAGCUCUCCCACUUCUGGCAACAGAGCCGCGUCAACUGUGGCAAGAACAAGGCCCACAACGUCUUCCCCCACAUCACCCUAUGCCAGUUCUUCAUGUGUGCUGACCAGAACGUGGAGGCCCUGUGCGGGGCCCUCCAGGGCACCGUGGCCCAGUGGAGGGGCCGCUUCCCCAGCCCGCUGCCCCUGGACCUCUACACCUCCUCCAACUUCAUCGGCCUCUUCGUGGAGGAGCAGGUGGCCGACGUGCUCAAGCUGUUCGCUGCCGACUUCGCCACCGAGGCGGCCCGCAAAGCAGAGGUGCAGGUGGAGCCCCACAGGAAGCAGCUCCACGUGACGCUGGCCUACCAAUUCCCCAGCCAGCACCUGGCCACCCUGGAGAAGCUGGCCCGCGGCAUCGAGGUCAAGCUGGGCUGUGAUUGGCUAGCUGUGCUCUUCUCCAGGGACAUUCGUUUUGCCAACCACGAGAGCCUCCGGGUCAUGUACCCCUACGUGCCCCAGAACGAGGACGAGCUGGAGCUGGUCCCGGGGGACUUUGUGUUCAUGUCCCCCCUGGAGCAGGGCGGGGCCAGCGAGGGCUGGGUGCAGGGCAGCUCCCUGGCCACCGGGUUGACCGGCCUGCUGCCCGAGAACUACGUCAGCCGCGCCGACGAGGCCGACGCCUGGGUGUUCCAUGGUUCCCAUUCGUUCUUCAGCUGUGAGCCCAGCUCUGAUAGGACCAGCAGGGAACGGGACCGGGGCUUGUUUGAUGGGCUGCUGGACAGCCGUCGCCCUGACCACACCAGUCCAGGGGACACGCCCUCCCUCAGCCUCAUCUGCCACCCGAUGCAGGUGCUGAGAAUGGCCGGGGGCAGCGGUCACACGCGCACGCCUAAACGCACACUCUUUGUCUGUCGCCAUGGAGAGAGGAUGGAUGUGGUCUUUGGGAAGCACUGGCUCUCUCUCUGCUCCGAUAGCAAAGGUCGAUACAUGCGCUCGAACCUCAACAUGCCUCCCAGCUUACCGAUGUGGAGCGGGGGACAGCGGGACUAUGACAUGGACGCCCCCAUCACUGUGUUAGGGUCCACACAGGCACAGCUAGUGGGUGAAGCUCUGCUGGAGAGGAACACGGUCCUUGACUUUGUGUACUGCUCUCCCUCACUGCGCUGCGUGCAGACGGCACAGAACAUCCUCAAAGGCAUGCAGCAGGAAGGCAAGCUGAAGGUGCGAGUGGAGCCAGGGCUGUUUGAAUGGACCAAGUGGGUGUCUGGGAGCUCCCUGCCUUCAUGGAUCCCCCCUGCAGACCUGGCCUCAGCUCACUUCUCUGUGGACACUUCCUACAGACCUUUCAUUCCCAUCAGCAAGCUAACGGUCUCUGAGUCCUAUGAGAGCUACAUUAGCCGUAGCUACCAGGUGACCAAGGAUAUCCUGUCUGACUGCCAAAACACAGGAAGCAAGGUGCUGCUGGUGGCCCACGCCUCCUCCUUGGACGCAUGCACGCGCCAACUCCAGGGCCGGGGGCACCAGAGCCCCCAGGACUUCAUCCAGGUGGUCCGCAAGGUCCCUUACCUGGGCUUCUGUGCCUGCGAGGAGCAGGGGGACGUGGGGCAGUGGCAGCUGGUGGACCCCCCCAUCCUGCCCAUCACCCACGGCCCCAACCACAGCUUCGACUGGAGGGAGAGCCUGCUGCAGGACUGACCUCCGCCCGCUCCACCCCCUCCUCCAGGCCCUCUGGCUGGUGGUCGUUCCCUGGGGACGCCGGUCUCUUUCUAGACCCUCGCUCAGGUUCUGUCCCUCCACCUCCACACUUUAUACUGCUGAUUCUUCAAAAAUGAUUCCUUGUCAGAUUUGUUGUUGUUGUUGCCACGGCAACUGAGGGCUAGCCAUUACUCAGGGGUCCAAUCGUUAAGUCCAGUGUCGAGCAACAGCUGUAACUAUGGAAACAGCUAGACGUGGCCAUGGUGACAGGAUGCAGCCAUAUGGAGGGUAAACCUCCCCGUACGUUUAAGUAAGACAAGUUCUUCGCCCCCCCCACCAGGGAGCGACAGCAGUUCGUCCAUGGAAGGAGAAGAUGCCAAUAGCCACUUUAGAAACUUGAAUAAAAGGAUCUUUGUGUUUUCUCCUGAUUUGACUAACAGAGGCAUGGUCAAUGUCUCUGAUGGGGAACGUGGAUACUGAACCCUGACUACUGCUUUAUGCUUUACACAUCAAACCACUCUCUUGACGUUUCUCUCCUAGGCAUGUGUGUGAGUCCUUCUAGACAUGAAACCGCAUCGAGAACCGCACAGAAGUGCACAUCGACAAUCCUGCAGGGGUCUCUUGUGUUUGGACCAAAUCUGAGGCUUUUACCGCUGGAAGAAUAUUCCCAGUGGUUCUAGGCUAUUUAUUUUUAACUAUCGCUUUCUUUUGGUUAUAAAUAUACAUAAAUAAACAGACACAACAAGAGUCCUUCUCAUAGCAGCAUGCCGUGAAUUAUGCACCAUACCUCAGGUAUUAUAUGCAUUAUUAAGCACAUAUAUGCAGAAUUCACAAAUGUAUAUUUUAUUGGUUGAUCAGCUGUGUUAUGAGUGCCUCUUCUUAACAAAAAAUAACAUGCAAAAUUAAUGUCUUCUUGCACACUGUCUGGCCGAUAUUUAGAUAUGAUAAGAUGCAAACUAUAUCAUUUAAUAUGGGAUACAUUGUAAAAUGAGUUAUGGUUAACCAUAACUUUUAAGUGAAGCUACCUGUCGUCCAUACUUCAACUCUCCCCACGUCCCAUCAACACCUCAAACUAACUUGAUCGCCUUCAUCAACGGUUUCUCAACAUAUAAACAAUGUGUUGUACUGAAUUAGGGGAGCUUGGCUCAAUAUGCAUCUUAUGAAGAGAGACACACCUGUUUGGUUUGUUUGGGUUAUGGAUGAAAGUAUAUGAAGAACACAGAACAAAAAAAAGAGAAAUAUACAUUGUAUUGAACAAUGUGUUUGUAACGUAGCUUUACUGACACAGGGUUGCAAAAAGUGUGUGCGUGUUUGUUUGUGUGUGGAAGGGGGUCCGAUGUGGCCCUUCAUUUGAUGAGCAUGGGACGCACAGGACAGUGUCAAGGUUAUUUAUAUCUGAAUAAGGGUCAAGGAAGAAGCCAUGCUCCUAUUUACAGUGUUCUGUGGUUUAUUUAUCGUCACAAUGUAGGCCUAUCUCAGAGUGUGUACAGUGGUUAAUUUAUAUAAUGAGCUUAUUUUGAAUGAAGCACAUACUGAUUUAUAAUAUAUGAAGGGGCAGAGCAGUUUAUGUGUAAGCCUGUCUAUUUUGUGUGAAAUGUAGCCACAAAUCCUAUAUGUUAUUUACAGAACUGUAACCUAUAUUUUCAUAUGGUGUUUAGAAUGAGUUGAAAUGAUUCGAUUUAUGAGACAGACAAAUUAUGUGUGUAAUUUUCAACAAAAUUUACAAUAAAAUAAAUGCUUAAUUACAAUGCAAAGCAAUAAACACAAAUGCAGAAAGAAGGAACUAAAGCGAGUUGUUUUAUUUUAAACAAAUACUUCUGAAUUCUGUAAAAUCAAAAUAAAAUGUUUAAACCA